UGAUCAGCUGACCGGUUAGCUGGUUCGUCGGUUGGAGGCGAAAGGAGCGGAGAAUAAGCCUAUUCCUGGAUCUUAUCCUCCGCGGAGGGACUUGUUCUUCUCUCGGCCUCCGUUAGCGGGAGAUGCACCAGUAGCAGCCGCUGUUUCCGAUUUGCCGCCAUAAUGUCAGGGAACAGCCUGGUUCUACCCAUAGUGCUUUGGGGCCGCAUGGCGCCGACCCACUGCAUCAGCAGCCUCCUGGUGAUGGACGACUUCAGCACCAUCAUCACCGGCUGCCACGACGGACAGAUCUGCCUCUGGGACAUGACGCCAGAGCUGGAGAUUUGUCCCAGAGCCAUGUUGUUUGGCCACACAGCCUCCAUCACCUGCCUGUCCAAGGCCAGCGCAUGCAGCGACAAACAGUACAUCGUCAGCGCUUCAGAGAGCGGGGAGAUGUGUUUAUGGGAUGUGAAUGAUGGACGCUGUAUUGAGUUCACUAAGCUGGCCUGUGCUCACACUGGUAUUCAGUUCUAUCAGUUCACCAUCGGCACUGAGAAGGAAGGCCGCCUGCUCUGUAACGGACAUUACCCAGAAAUCCUCGUGGUUGAUGCCACCAGCCUGGAGGUUCUCUACUCGCUGGUGUCUAAGAUCUCUCCUGACUGGAUCAGCUCCAUGAGCAUCAUCCGAUCCCAUCGCACACAAGAGGACACAGUGGUGGCGGUAUCAGUGACGGGCAUUUUGAAGGUCUGGAUCAUAACAGCUGAGGUCAGCAAGAUGCAGGACCUGGAUCCAGUGUUUGAAGAAGAGUCUAAACCCAUCUACUGUCAGGGCUGUCAGAGUAUUUCCUUCUGUACCUUCACUCAGAGCAGCUUACUGGUCGUCUGCUCCAAGUACUGGAGGGUGUUCGAUGCAGGUGACUACUCGCUGCUCUGCUCGGUGCCCAGCGACAACGACCAGGCCUGGACCGGAGGAGAGUUCAUCGCCGCCGACAAAGUCAUCAUCUGGACCGAGGACGGCUGCAGUUACAUCUACAAGCUGCCGGCCAGCUGUCUGUCGGCCAGUGAACAUUUCCGCAGUGAUGUUGGGAAAACUAAAGAAGGUUCGAUCCCUCCGCUGGUUUACAGCAUCGCAGAUCGCACUGACAAACAGAGGGCAGCAGAUGGAGGUAAGGUGGAGGAGGAGCUGGCGGUGGAGGUGAUGUGCCUCCCUGCCAGCGGCUUCGACCUGCAGCUGUACACCCCCGAGGUGCAAUACCGACACCGGCCUCUAGAGGCGCCUCUCCUCAUCUGUCCUCCGGUGACUCGGUUCUUCUUCGGCCGGCGGGAACCUUUCCAUAAGCUGCUGAUCCAGGGAGACUCGGCCGGCCGACUGUCGCUGUGGAGCAUCCCAGAUACCUCACCUCUGCAGCCGCUGUCCACCUCCUCAGAGUUGCAGAUUUCGUCCACCAUCAGUCUCCAGGAGGCGUUCGAUAAGUUGAUCCCGGUGUCUGCAGGAAUCAUCGACCAGCUCAGCGUCAUGCCUGGGAAAGAGGAACCCAUCAAGGUGACGGCCAGCGUCUACAUCCCGUCUCAGGGUCGCCUGGUUUGCGGCAGGGAAGACGGCAGCAUCAUCCUGGUUCCUGCUACUCAGACCGCCAUCGUCCAGCUGCUGCAGGGUGAACACAUGCUGAGGAGAGGCUGGCCUCCACACCGAACCCUCCGAGGCCACCGGAACAAGGUGACCUGCGUCCUGUAUCCCUACCAGAUCUCCCCCCGGUACGACCAGCGCUCCCUGGUGUCCGGGGGAGUCGACUUCUCCGUCAUCGUCUGGGACAUUUUCACCGGAGAGAUGAAGCACAUCUUCUGCGUCCACGGAGGGGAGAUCACCCAGCUCAUCGUCCCGCCGGAAAACUGCAGCACUCGGGUGCAGCACUGCGUCUGCUCGGUGGCCAGCGAUCACUCCGUCGGCCUGCUCAGCCUUCGGGAGAGGAAGUGCAUCAUGUUGGCGUCCCGACACCUUUUCCCCAUCCAGGUCAUCAAGUGGCGUCCGGCAGACGACUACCUGGUGGUGGGAUGUUCCGACGGCUCCGUCUACGUCUGGCAGAUGGAUACAGGAGCCUUGGACCGCUGUGUGAUGGGAAUAACCGCUGUAGAGAUCCUGAACGCCUGCGACGAACUUGCUCCGGCCACCGUUGACGCUCUAAGCCACUCUGCGGUGAACCUGAAGCAGGCGAUGACCCGUCGCAGCCUGGCGGCGCUGAAGAACAUGGCCCAGCACAAACUGCAGACGCUCGCCACCAACCUGCUGGCUGCAGACAACGCCGACAAGGGCAACUUGCCGAAAUACUCCCACAACGCCCUGGUGGUCCAGGCCAUGAAGACCAACCUGACGGACCCCGACAUGCACGUGUUGUUCUUCGACGUGGAGGCGGUGAUCAUCCAGCUGCUGACCGAAGAAGCCCAGAGACCGAAUCCCACGCUGGUGUCUCCGGAGACGCUGCAGAAGAGCCAAGCUGGAGCCGACAAGGGAGGCUCCCUCCUGGCCAACAAGUUCUUCAAACAGGUGAAGGAAACCGUGAAGGAGACGAUCAAGGAGCACCUCCUGGACGAAGACGAGGAGGAGGAGGAGGAGAUGAGGAGACGUGAGGAGAAGUCCAAAUCUCUGAGCCUGCUGGAGUACAACCUGACCAUGGACACAGCUAAGCUCUUCAUGUCCUGCCUCCACGCCUGGGGCCUCAACGAACAGCUGGACGGCAUCUGUCUGGACCGACUGGGCAUGCUCAGACCACACUGUCCAAUCUCCUUCGGCCUGAUCUCCAGAGGAGGUCACAUGUCCCUGAUGCUGCCCACCUUCAAGGAGUCUUUGCUGCGUCAGUUGUCCCUGGCGACGGGUCUGAAGCUCACGCUGUCAGACAUCGUUGGAAAAGGGACGUAUGGUGUUUCGAGGGCCGUCACCACCCAGCACCUCCUGUCCGUCAUCUCUCUGGCCAACACCCUGAUGGGGAUGACCAACGCCACCUUCGUAGGAGAGCACAUGAAGAAAGCACCGGCCAGGCCUCCCAGACCAGGAGGAACCCCGGAGACUCCUCGCAGGACGCCUGCCGUCCCCCCUCAGCCCUCCAACCCGGCACUACAGGCCCAGAUCAAACAAGCUGCUGUAGCUGCCAGCACCGGCACUGCUGCCUCUGCUGGGGCUCCGGGGGCCCCUCGGAUCCCUCCUCAGGGGGCCCCUGGCUCCCCCGGCCCCCAUAGCAUCCCCUCAGUCAACGAAGGAUGGAGUCAGCUGGCAGCCAUGCACUGUGUGAUGCUACCUGACCUCCUCGGACUGGACAAGUUCAGACCUCCGCUGCUGGAGAUGUUGGCGAGGAGAUGGCAGGAUCGCUGUCUGGAGGUACGAGAAGCAGCUCAAGCUCUUCUGUUGGCUGAGCUGAGAAGGAUCGGCCAAUCAGGACGCAAGGACACCAUCGACAUGUGGGCUCCCUACCUGCCUCAAUACGUGGAUGCAGUCAGCUCCCCCGGUACGUCCACUGAGCCCUCGACGCCGGCUCCGCCCCCUCCAGAGGCUCAGCCAAUAGAAACCAAAGUUCCGGAGGAGGAAAUGGACGUCACCGACGACGACAUCACAGCAGGUUGUCUGUCCAACCUUCCACCGAACGCCAAGAAGAUUUCCAAUUCGUACGAGGAGCGUCGCAAACAGGCCACCGCCAUCGUGCUGCUGGGAGUCAUCGGGGCCGAGUUCGGCGCUGAGAUCGAACCUCCCAAAGGUUCCGGUCGGGCUCGAGCUGGUGGACAGGCGCCUGAAGGAUUCGGACUGACGAGCGGAGGGUCGUCCAACUACUCACUGGCCAGACACACCUGUAAAGCAUUGACCUUCCUGCUGCUGCAGCCCCCCAGCCCCAAGCUGCCCCCCCACAGUACCAUCCGCCGCACCGCCAUCGAUCUGAUUGGCCGAGGCUUCACCGUGUGGGAGCCUUAUAUGGAUGUGUCGGCGGUGCUCAUGGGACUUCUGGAGCUUUGUGCCGACGCCGAGAAGCAGCUGGCGAAAGGAAUCUUUGCAGCAUCUGAGUAUCCAUAUGUGGCACAAUCAGCACCUAGCAUCACGAUGGGUUUGCCGCUCAACCCGCCGGCAGAUUCAGCUCGUUCUGCCCGCCACGCCCUCUCUCUGAUCGCCACCGCCAGACCUCCGGCCUUCAUCACCACCAUCGCAAGAGAGGUUCAUCGGUUCAAUGCCGCCCAGGCAAACUCUCAGUCGCAGCAGAACGUUCACACCACGACUCUGGCCAGAGCCAAAACCGAGAUCCUGCGAGUGAUCGACAUCCUGAUCGAGAAGAUGCCUGGAGAUGUUGUGGAUUUGCUGGUUGAAGUGAUGGACAUCAUCAUGUACUGUAUUGAAGGUUCUCUGGUGAAGAAGAAAGGCCUGCAGGAGUGUUUCCCUGCUAUUUGCAAGUUCUACAUGGUCGGUUACUGUGACCGCAGUCAUCGCAUCGCCGUCGGAGCUCGCCAAGGCUCAGUGGCCCUCUACGAUGUUCGUACUGGAAAAUGCCAGAACAUCCACGGACAUAAAGGUCCGAUCACAGCGGUGUCGUUCGCCCCUGAUGGCCGUUACCUAGCAACCUACUCCAACGCCGACAGCCACAUCUCCUUCUGGCAGAUGAACACCAGUCUGCUGGGCAGCAUCGGCAUGUUGAACUCGGCUCCUCAGCUCCGUUGCAUUAAGACCUACCAGGUUCCUCCGGUCCAGCCGGCGUCUCCGGGCUCCCAGAACCACCUGAAACUGGCCCGACUCAUCUGGACCUCCAACCGCAACGUCAUCCUGAUGGCCCACGACGGCAAAGAGCAUCGCUUCAUGGUCUAAGCUCCACCUCAUCUCCAGCUCACAGACCUGGGCCUGUGGAGGGUUUUUGGCUCUGAAGCAGGUUCUGAAUCCUCCUGCUGGAUCUGAUCGGUGGUAAAGAUUCAGGUGUUAGAACUCUGAAGGUACGGAGAGGUAAAAACCCAGCUCAGGCUCAGGUUUGGGUUCAGUUUCACCUCCAUUGUGAGAAUUUCUGGGCCGUGACUGAAGGCUUGUUUACAUUCUGAUUUGCAUUGCUGUAUUUUUUAACCCCUUCCAUCCUGACAUUCCUAUUUAUUUGCUGUUCUUGCUGGACGUCAAACUUCUCCAGUCAUUGCAAUCAUCUGGCUUCUCGUAUAAUUUUUAGUUUAUUCCCAUUCUCAGUAAAAAACAUCUUGUUUUCUACAUAUCGCAGGAAUUUGUGGAUUUAAUUUGCAGAAACACUGAUUAAAACAUAGAUGUGUUUAUAUUGGGGUUUAUUUUGGAGGCUAAGUGUGAAUUUCUGUCUUUUCUUUGCUGGAGUGAAUCAUUUGUGGUGACUUCCUCCUCCGACCUCUACAACCACUACAAGCUUUUCACAUUUCAGACUGCAUAAAUGUGAGUGUGUGUGACUACUUUGGUGUUUGCCUUUACUUUUGUGACACCUUUCGAAGCUUUUCCAUCCUGAGCUUCACACAGAUGUGUUUGCACCCAAGUGUAUUUUCACUGUUAAACACACAUUCUCACUUCAGGCUGCUCGUCCUAAAAGCUCGAAACCUUUAGAUGCUGCAGGUGAAGCCGUGCGAAGGUGAAGAAAAGUCACCAGAGGACACAGUGAUGUUACUCUGGAUAAUUAAACUGGAUGCUCUGUAGCACUGAUCAUCACAAGAAUCAGAAAGAAGCGACUUCAGCUCAGUUUAGUUCCCAUUAGAUGCACUGAUCAGCCACAUUGAAACUGAAUUGAAAGCAGCGGCUUAAUAUUGCAUUAGUCUCUCUCAAUAUCAGUCUUAUUAGUGCAUUUCCAUGGUAUGAAGUCCUUCAAUUCUUGAUUUUGACCUGCAUGUACAUUAUAACAUCAGCGUUGUUAAGUAAAGGUAAACUUGCAGAACUACUAUCUGUCAAGUGUUCUUUUUCACAAAAAGUCCAAACUCCCCAAUGAACCAUAUCUUUAUACCACUUAUUUCUGCCAUUUCUUUGUUUUCUUUCAUUCUCUGGGCUUAAAAAACUCCUGGAGGUUCAAACAUGUGAAAGAAAAGCUCCAAACUCCCAUUUUUCUGCAGGAUUUUGCGUUCCUUUGCAGACGAUGAUGCUUUAUACUCGCCUCAUAGAUGUGAAAACUUCUCUUCUUCUUGCAGCUUUUCUCUUUCAUUCAUGUGACUUUUAGGAAGAAAAAAUUUACAUAUACAGUACAAGUAUCAUCAGAACUACUGAAGUAAUGUUUGUAGUAUCUUCAUCCUGUACAGUGAGCGCUAAUCCUGUUUGGUGUAUUUAUUGUGGCCGUCUGCCUGGCACUGACUAGUGAGUAAAAUUACAUUGGUUUAAGACUUCUGUGAGCUGUUUUUUUCAAACUAUUAGGGACUUUUUUGUGAAGUUACUUGGAAAUUGAGAGGUUUCCUUUCAACUAGAAAUAUCAGUGGGCCAAAUUUAAGAAGCCAAAAUGACAAGAACAAUAAGAACAGCUGAAGAAAGGCUUAUAGAAGGGACAAAUUUAUAUUUUGAUAUUUGUUAUUUAUCUCUUUUCUUAGACCUAAUUAGUGUCUAGCAAGAACAGAAGUAGAACCAGGCCCGAACCAUCGCUUUUUAUGAGGAACAUCUGUUUAAAAAUCUGUUUAAAAAGCAACUUAACAGCAUUUUGUUUUUGUAGUCAAUGCGCUGUUAGCUUACAGAUGUGUUUUUCUUCACGGUUGACGACACAUAUUUGCACAUUGUCACCUUAAAUGUUGGUCCUGAGUUUAAAUUUUAGCUUUAGCAGAGUUUUAUGCAGAGAGAUGAUUAUAUAGAAUUAUAUAUAAAGUAUACAAAUGUGAUGUUUUGCGGCUCUUUGCUCGCUUUUGCUUCUGUCUCUCCUCGUCCGUCCUCCCUCCUGUCCUUCCUCUGUCGGUUUCAUUAGUGCUGUCAGAAAGCUUCUAACACCGUUACACACCUGUAAGCCCGAGUGUGUCAAAGCUUUUCACAAGUUCUUCCUAUCUUCAAAAGAAAAAAAAAACAUCCAGCAUCUCGUUGGGAGGAUUUUUGAGAACACACACACAAACACAUCCGGUCCGGCGGCUUCCUGACAGCUCUGAGAUCUUAAUCUUUCGUUUUCUCCGCCACCCUUAACGGUUUGCGAGAAGAUGUUUUUGGCAGCCUCUCGUGGGAGGGAGGGUGAGAAAAAAUAAGGGAGAGCUGAAGAGUAAGUAACAAGUGAGGAAGAUCAGCUCAUCCAGCCAGAAAAAAAGAUGCUGCUGUGGUCGAGGUAGUGAAGCAAAAUGUCUAAAAGUACCUUCAGGGGAUAAAAAAGAUAAAUAAAAAUCAGACGAGUGGUGCAGUUCCUGAAAACAUCCACAAAGCUGCAAAUUGAUCUGCAAUUAUUUCUGACACUAAGAAGCUGUUUCAUGUCAUGAUUUUACCUUUUUUUUUUUUUUUUUUUUUUUUACUAUUUUAGCUCCCUUUCUCUUGUCUUGUUCAUACUCAGUGUAAUCGGCGACAACUUCCUGGUUUAGUUUUCUGUACUUAUUGUUUACAGUAACCCCAGUCUACAUAUUUAAGUGAGUGUGAGUGAAGUACUGCAUGUAUAUGAGCUUCCCUUGAUGUAACACAGAGCAGGUUGAAUCAUAUAAACAUGUGUCGUGUUGAAAUGUGUCGUUGUUGUUGUUGACUUUGUGUCCAAUAAAGAUGAAGUGAGACAGCG